UCAUUUCAAUAAAAGUUGAACAAUAGGCCAAAAUUUCAUAUUAAUUUUUUUUAAAUCAUAAUACUGUUAUUCUCUCUCUCUUUCCAGGUCAUCCUUGCACCAUAAAAAAUUCAUAAGCGUUACCAGUACCAUCACGCUUAUGUUAGUGGCGAAGAUGCAACAGUAUAUAGUCAUACUGGAUGUCAUUCUUGUCAGUACGCAAUACAUUUCUGAAGUACUACACACGUGAAAACUAAGCACAGAAGGAGCGCCUCACAAUCUUCACUACAAGCCCAUGUUCAACUCUCCAUGAACGUAAUUUUUCCUCAGUCAUUCAGUUAUUGUUAAAUGUUUCAAUUUCUAGUCAGUACAGUAGUGCAGUAUCAACAUAACAUUGGUCAUGAAAAUUCACCUUAACCUCAGAGAAAUUUGCUUUUAAAUACAAACUUGGGUAAUAUUUGUGUUGACUAAUCAUACACUUCGUUUCAAGUGUUUAAUAUAUGCCUGUGAUACUCUUGGGGACACUACUAGCAAUUGAAUAUAUUCUGUAUUGUACGUUUCAUUAUUUCAGUAUACAACAAUACUAGUACUGUACAAGAAAUAAAUACAACAAUAUCAGUAUCAGUAUUGUACAUGGAAUAUAACAAUAUCAGUAUUAUACUUGUUAUAUAACAAGAUUAGUAUUGCACAAGGUAUACAAUUACAGUACUGUAUAAAAAAUACAAUAAUAUCAGUAUUAUUCAAUAAUAUCAAUACUGUACAAAAAAUACAACAAUACCAGUACUGCACAAGGAAUACAACAAUACCAGUACUGUAUGAAGAAUUCAACAAUACCAUUACUAUUCAUGGAAUAAUUACAACAGUGUCAUUACUGCACAAGGAAUACAAUAAUACCAGUACUGUGCAAGGAAUAUUAGAAUUUAAUUAUAUAAGUCACUGCAUAAUAUUGUAUCAGGCUUUCUUAUUGUCCUGCCUCUUUGUUGCCCAACUGGCCCUAUUAUAUUGGCCUCACCUCAGUAUUGUCAUGCCUCAGGUAAAUAUCUCACCAAAUUAUCUUGACUAUGUACACUAUAAAUUUCUAAUGCCUUCAUCAAUAUACUUCAUGAUCAGAUUAUUUCAGCAUAUAUUUUUAAUUAAAUAAUUUAAUAUUUUAGAUCAUUGUCUGAAAUCUGUUACUCUAGAAGUUCAAAUUUUAAUUUAAUAAACUCGUAUAUAUAAUUGCAGACUCAUUCAUCUUUGCUAAAACAUUAAUGUUAUUCUUGGACAGCGAGAGAACAUUCUUGAGGGUAACUUGCUUAAUUUCAUUCAGUGCUCAUUGUUAAAUAUAAUUUAAAUAUAAAUGUUCUCUGUUGGCAUGUUGCAACCAUUUUGAUUAAUAUCAUAAAAUUUUAGAAGAAAUACUUGGCUAACAUGCAGAAGGAUUAAAGUAUUUCUUUUAAAGUAGGACAAUAAGUUCAUAUAGAAGGAGAAUUAUGUCUGUAUUCAGUGCAUCUGAAGAAACUGAACAAAAUGUUGCUGCAAUAGCACAAAUGCAACCUCAUACAGAAGAGAAAUCAUAUCACUGUUCAGUGUGUCUAAAAGAUUUUUUUCAAAAAAAAGAAUUAGUAUUGCAUAUGAAAGAACACAGAGGAGAAAAGUUGUUUAAAUGUUCCGAAUGUCAAAAAGGUUUUAAACAAAAAGGUCAUUUAUUAAGACACAUGAAAAUUCAUACAGGAGAAAAACCAUAUCAAUGUUUGGUUUGUAAAAAAAACUUUUUAAGUAAAUUUGAAUUAGUAAUACAUACAAGAAUUCAUACAGGAGAAAAACCAUAUCAGUGUUCAGUGUGUCAAAAAGAUUUUACACAAAAGUCUCAUUUAGUAUCACACAUGAGAAUUCACAACAAAAAGAAACCAUAUGAGUGUUCAGUGUGUCAAUGUGAGUUUUUACGAAAACAUGACUUAGUGCAACAUAUGAGAACUCAUACUGGAAAAAAACCUUAUCAGUGUACCGAGUGUCCAAAAGACUUUGUACAAAACUCUGAAUUAAUAAUACAUAUGAGAAUUCAUACAGGAGAAAAGCCUUAUCACUGUACAGAAUGUCUAAAAGACUUUUCACAAAAAUCAAAUUUGCUCUCACACAUGAGAAGCCAUACGGCAGAUAAAAUGUAUCAGUGUUCUGUGUGCCGAAAGGAUUUUCUACGAAAAACUGAAUUAGUACUACAUAUGAGGGUUCAUACAGGAGAAAAACCAUAUCAGUGCUCAGUAUGUCUAAAAGAAUUUUCACAAAGAUGUCAUUUAGCAACACACAGAAGAAUACAUACUGGAGAGAAGCCAUAUCAGUGCGGAGUGUGUCUGAAAGGCUUCAACAAAAAAAAUCAUUUAGUAAUACAUGAAAGAAUUCAUACAGGAGAAAAACCUUAUCAGUGUGCAUUGUGUCAAAAAGACUUUUCAAUAAAGUGUUACUUAGUAAUACAUAUGAGAACCCACACAGGAGAGAGACCAUAUCAAUGUACAGAAUGUCUAAAGAGCUUUCGAUACAAACCUGCUUUAAUAAAUCACAUGAGAAUUCAUACUGGAGAGAAACCCUACCAGUGUUCAGUGUGUCUUAAAAAAUUUCGAUAUAAACCUUCCUUAGUAACUCACAUGAGAACUCAUACAGGUGAGAAACCCUAUGAGUGUUCAGAGUGUCUACAAAGAUUUCGAUACAAACCUGGUCUAGUAAAGCAUUUGCAAACUCAUAAACAGAAAUCCCUAGUUGAAGUCAGUGUCUAAAGAAUUUAGAUGAAGAGCUUAUAUGUCAAUCCUCUAGCUGCAACAUAAUUGUUUAAACCAUGUUCCCACCAAGAGCUGAAAUGCAGGCAAACAAUUUUUUUUUUCUCUCUUCUGACAUUCUGACUAGUUGGGGUGUACUUGAUCCUAAAUGUUCCAGGCAUCUCAAUGUCCCACUUAGUGAUGCCAAAAAUCUUUAUAAUCUUUUAAUUUUCUGAAUUGUUGGGUUUUAACUAUAAAUAUAGUGCUAAAAUAUUUACAAAUGAAUUUGCUGGAGUAUAGAUGGAAAACAAAAUGGUUUUAUGAUAAUAGAUUAUACAUGGCAUUGCUUAAUAUACAAAUGCUUAUAAACAUUUCAACAUUCUUAAAUUAUUUACUAACAAUAAAUUUGGAAAAGUGCACACAUGAUUGGUCUAUAUUGCUGUGAAAGGAAAACAAACAUAACUCUCAUACUUUUCCAGCAAGUAAUCUGUAAAUCAGAAGAAAAUAUUUACAUGGAAAGCAAUUAUUCAGCUUGAGUGAUGGACGAUUGGCCGAGAUGAUCUUUGGAUUGUCCCCUGAUACUUUAGUUGGGCCCCUUGAUAAGCUAUGCCCACAAUGCUCAAAAAAAUAAUUAUAAUGAAAAUAAGUGAUUUUUGGGAAUUUCGAGAUGAGCCAUUUUAGUGUCAUUUAACAGUUUAGUCGAAGAAUGGAUAUCUUGUUUGUGUGGUCAGACUGCUGAAGUAUUAACACUUAAUAGCCGAACAGCUUAUAAAAGAAAACGGCGUGGCAGUGAAUCAUCGUGGUAAAACAAUUGUAUUAUUGACACGACGAGUGUAAUCGACGUAGUUUUUA